AACAAAACAUAGAGUAUGUCCUCGAGCCAUAAGCGAAACACUUCCUCAAGGAGCCUUACCUUCGGACAGUCGAACAGAAUCGCAAACACAAUAAAUGAAGAUGAUCAGCAUAGCAAGGAUCAAGCACUUUACGGCUUAACCAUCAACGACAAGCACGAGGACACCCGAUUGGUGGAAAUAAUGUCCACAAUCGCUGCGAAAGAGAACCAAGAACUGGAACGAUGUAAUGAACGGAACCGUUGCGCUGCACCAGCGGACGAAAGCAUGCUCGAUCAUAAGUUUGAUCGGUUGCUAUCGGAAGUCCACGGUCUGCGGGAUCAAAUUGGCGAUCGAAUCGAGACGCUAAACCGGCGCCUUACACAAACCAACCGACUGUUCCUGGCAAACCAGGACUACGGGCAUCGUUCGAACCGGGCCGGUGAUCUAUUGCUAAUCGGCAUACCGGCCACCUUUGCUGGAGAUGCGCUGCGGGACUGUUAUGUGCGUAUUGCCCGCCGUUUAGGAUACACGGAGAGUGAAAUCCCGAUCGUACAUAUACGACGGCUCGAUCUUGGUGGCUCGCCGUCACCGGACAUUAAACCAUCGCGCUACAGUGUGGCCGUACUGGACAAUCUGGCAAGGACACGGGUCGGCGGGAAGUUGCGGGCCGGAGUAUCGUCCGAACCUGUGGUACAACCACCAGCCGUUCACGUGCAGUUUGUGUUCCGUAAUGCGCGCAAUGAGUUUUAUCGCCGGUAUCAGGAGGGCGGUAGAGCUGGAACUGGACUGGCGCUGGCAGAUUUGGGGUAUGGUGGUGGCGCGGAGGGCGGCCGUGUGUUUGUGAGUGAAAAUCUGACCCGUGGCAAUGUGAGCCUUAAGGCGGAAGCGAUGAGGCUGAAGCGUGAUGGCAAAAUUAAGAGCGUGUUCACGGUGAAUGGGCAGAUCUACGUGAAGAGGACGAUUGAUCAUCGGCCGGAACUGGUGACGAGCAGUGUCGAUCUGUUGCUGCUGGAUGAGAGCAAGAUGAAAGCGAACAAGGAUUAUUAUCCGCGAGUACUGGAGCACAUCAUCAACACACAGUCACCGCAAGUACUGUGCCGAGACUACAAGGAAAUUCUGGGCACACUUGACAUCAUCUCCACCGAUCCAGAUGAGUCCGUACGACUAUACUUGUCCUGCUGGCUGCAGAAGUACUGUUCGAGCUGGUUCGAUCGAGACCAGGACCUGCAAAGCAUAUUCAGCAAAGCGUUCCUGGAGAAGAUACUGCAGAUCAUCGUCCGUUACCUAACAGACGAGCCGAAUGUUCGUGCAUCGUCCUUCGAAUCACUGACGUAUCUGAUCGAGAAAGGCUACCUAGACCGGGCGACCACGCUUAAGCUGAACAUCGUCGAAGAGCUGGUCAGCAAACCGAUCAACGAGCAGUUCAUGGACAUGUGCACCAACUACAUCCAUCUGAUGGUGAAGAUUGCCCCGCUGGUGGGAUGCGCCAAGACGCACGAGCUCCUGUACAGUCGGUUCGUGAAAAUGUGUACCUGCAAGAUCAACUUCGUCCGCAAGGAGUGUGCCACCGCGUUUCCCGUGAUGUGCGAAGUCCUGGGCAACGAAGUGUUCGAAAAAAAUUUGCUGCCAAUAUUCAUGAAACUUUGCGAGGAUGAAAUAUGGACCGUGCGUAAGGCGUGUGCGGAGGUGAUGCCGUUCAUUGCACUGCUCUGUACGCUGGAGAAGCGGCGCAAGGUGCUGGUGCCGGCCUACAAGAAGUUCAUGUUCGACACCAGCCUUUGGGUGAUCAAGGCAGCGCUGAAGAAUCUGGGCCGCUUUUUGGCAACGUUCGCGCAGCUCCAGAUCCUAGGCCUGGCGUACAACGGUAGCCUAGAGCUGUCGAUAACGAACGCAGCGGACGAAGCGUUCUCCGAGCUGAUGGGAAAUGCGCGCCAGCUUGCCCACGGCAGCCAGCAACCGGCGGCGAGCGUUUUGCUGAAGAAUUUCGAGUCCUACGAGCAGCGGUUUAAAGACUCGAUUCAGCGGCACGCACUGCUCUCGCUGGUGAAAUCGGCCGACGAUGAGGGUCCAGGCUGGAAGUCGGCUACACCGCGCUCGGAGGACCGCAUCAACGUGGAAGCGUACCUUGCGUCGUUGGUGUUUGUCGAGGAGCAUCUGUCCCAGCGUCAAUCGACCGGCUCGACGUCGGACGAUGGUGGUGGCGGCAUUUCGAAGAUAGCCGACUUUUACUACGUGCGCCACAAGUCCCUUUCGUCCAGCUCGUCGAUCGCGUCCACCUCGCCGACCCCAUCGCCGCUGUACCGCGCCAACCAGAGCUACGACGAGAAGAAUCCGCUCAAUCGCUUCAUGCGCUACUGUUCGCCGUUGAAGAACAACUUCGAGCAUGCGUUUGCCAACCCGUCCGGCAGUGAUGGUGGCGAUCAGGGGGGAGGUAGCGAUGCGUUCGAUCAUCACGGGCACUGGGAAUCGGAGGACGAUAACUACGGCACGAACCAUCUCGACCAUUUGGCGGACCUGAGUUUGGUCGGGGCGGACAUUGAGGGGGGCGGCGGUGGAAGCGGCGUGAUCUACGACAGCGAUAAUCCAAAGCAUCAGCAGGCGGACGGAGGGGGAGGCGAAGCGGGCGGGCUGGAUUUUAUCAUGGAGGCAGCAGGGGAGGAGGACGAAAAUGCGAUCGACGAAUGUUUCAACUCGCACCAGUUCUGGUACAUCAGCCCGGGGCUUGCGUUGGAUUUGGAGUUUAUCGAUAAGGAGGACCGGGCGACGGGUGACGAGGAGAGGGAGGAAGAAACGGACGCGAGCAAUAACAACGUGGUGCAGCAGGAGGAGGUUAGCGGACGGGCGAGUUUGGAAGGAAAGCAAGCGGCUGCCCCCUCAACUGUGGGAGCGUCGGCAGACGAUAGCAGGAAUAAUAAUCUGCUGCUGCAACAGGGCACGCCCGGCACCGAUGCCAGAAGCAGUGCCAGCAGUGAGUCGGCUACCGUCGGCGGCGGCGAACCGGGCUCCUCUUCGGCCGGCAUGGUAGUGGAGGAAGACAACGAAAACCAGAACGAUAGUGACUCGAGCUACGGAAGCAUCAACAACAACGAGACCGAGAGCAACAAGCUGAUCUACCUGUACGAGGAUCUGCUACCACCGUCCCAAUCACAGGUGCAGUCCGGCGGUGGCGCUGCGACGACUACUGGCGGCGGCGGCGGCGGCAACAACAAUAAUACUGGCGCUAACGCUCCAGGCACGUCCGGUGGGGGUGGUGGUGCCGGCAGUAGCAGCAGCACCGUCACACCCACGAUGACCACAGUCGAACGGAUCCGGGCGGCGGAACAGCUGAAAACGCUCAUCCGCUGGGAAAACGAGGAAGUCGAGUGGAAUCUGCUCGAAGACUUCCUGCACAUGAAGAACGUGAACAAGGAGCUGUGCCAGGACUGUGCGUACAACUUCCCCGCCGUGGUGCUGACGUUCGGUGAGAAGUUUUGGCCCAUUCUGAACCGCUACUUCUUCGACCUGUGCGCCGACAUUCAGGACUCGGUGCGGCGCACGAUGGCCGCCUCGAUUAGCAAGAUCGCACUGAUCAUAGGCCGGGAGCAGGCGACACGCGAUCUGGUACCUUCGUACACGGAGUUUCUGCUCGACGCGGACGACAUCAAGUUCGAGGUGGUGCGCACGCUGGCCGAAUUCUUGCGCGUGAUCGACGCCUGCGAGCAUGAAACGCUGAUGAACCAUCUCGGGAUGUGUCUACAGCCGCCGCUCAAAAUGAUGAACUGGCGCUUCCGUGAGUUGGCGGGCCAGCAGAUUGUGGAGCUGGCGCGUAUGCAUACGGCGAUCCGGAAGGAGAACUGUUUGCUCUUCCUGACCGGGCUGGCGAUGCGUCUCAUGCUGGACAAGUACGACAGUGUACGAAAGGCUGGCAUCGAUGCGUUUGUUGAAUGCAGCCACGAGUUCCAGCAAAACGACAAGGUGUUUGAGUUCUUCAACAAGCACUUUGCCCUCUACAGCAACUGGCGUCGCCGUCAGACGUAUGUGAUAGCGGCUGGAAAAAUGCUCGAGACUGAUCGGGUCGAAGUAGAGAUCUUCCGCAAACAUGUGUUCAACAAUGUACUCAAAUUGGCCGACGACGCGGUGCCGAACGUUAGAAUACAAGUCGCCAAGUGCCUCAAGGAAAUCAUUGCCCCCCAUCCCAAAUUUGCAAACGAUCCCCAGGUCGAGCCGACGCUCCAGAAGCUACGCACCGAUAAAGAUUGUGACGUGCGGGGACACGUCGACGGCUACCAGAGCCUCGAGGAGGAAAUGGCAGCCGGUGGCGGUGGUGGUGGUGGUGGUGGUUCGAGCGCAUCGAACGCAAGCACAAUGAUGAUGACUUCGGGCGAAAGCGAUUCGCACCAGAAUGCGUCCUCUCCUUCGACGGCCGGCUCGCUGGCGGAAUCGUGCGUUUCGUCCCAUCUGUCGUACGCGGAGGUUACGAGCGGUUACUUCGGUUCGGCCAUGUCCUCGCCUACGCUAGACCAAGCACCACCGGACGACGAACAUGAGAUGAAGGAGGAGGAAGCGGCGGCGGCGGCGGCGGCGGCGGCGGCGGGUGAAGAGGAGGAGGUACAGCUUGCCGGUGGUGGACCAAAUUCCGAGCGUGGUGUUGAUGUGGCGAACGAGGGACUGGCGGACGAGGACGAGGACGAUUGUGGUGAGGAAGCGAUCGAACAGCCGACCUCCUCCAUGUCGACCGACGACGAUGCGGCCUACUGUUCCGAGAUGGAAACGUCCUCCGCCGUCUCGACGCCAUCGGUGGGAACGGCCGCUGUUCUGGCCGCUACCAUUCCAUCGCAAACCGGUACGAUGACUACCGACACCGCCACCACUAGCAGCAGCAACAGCAGCAACAGUCAAGUCGUGCCAUCAACAUCCAACAGCACGGACGACUUGUCGGAGGAGCAGCUGGUGAACGGUGAGAGUGUCCCGGCAUCCACCAUUGCUACUGCUACCACCACCACCACCAUAGCUAACGAUAGUAGUGCCGCGCCGAAGAAAGGUUCAUCCGACACGGGCGCAACGGGAACCGGUGGGAAGAUUAGGGAGAACUUCUUCCGGAAACGCUCCAAAGGCAAGAAGUAACUGUCGGGCGGUGAUCGUGCGAUCGUGAGCUCCAAUCACCACCACCACCACCACCAAACCCCAUUUUCUCUCCCGAACAACAACAACAACAGCAACAGCUAUUAAUACUUAUUUGGGAACGAGCGAAGGAUUUUAGGCGAGGAUGUUUAAACUACCACUACCAACCAACUACACACUAAAAACUACUCAACUAGCGUCACCAUUACUUCCACAAUCGCUUUCGCUGAUUGUAUGUGUUUGUUGAGAAAGAGGGAGUGAGCGACGGAGAGAGCAAUAUGUAUGAGUUAACUUUUUUGCGUUUUAACAGCUUAAUAUAGCAAACAAUUUCUUCCUCGCCGUUGCCCGAUUGAUGACCACCACCGAUGAUAGGAGCGCCUCUCCCACAACAGCACAUGUAGGGGGGGGGGGGUCGUUCGCAAGCGCGCACAGGACUCGCACAGAGAGGUUAGGUUUUGUUUAAUUUGCUGUGCUGGUGCUGUGUCCCUGUUGCUAAUACUAUACACGGCACCACUAUUACUGCUAUUGCGUGCGUGUUGGGGGAGGUUGUAACAGCGUUUUGUUUAAUUUAGCAAUAAUCCAUCUCCAACUCCAGAACUGCUAGGCCUAUACAUUAUUCGUGUGGGGAGGAGAAAAAUGGGGAAGUUGGAAAAGGAGGUAGACGUUCAAUUUAUUUCGUUCAAGCCACCGUUUGUUGUCCUAUGGUUUUCUUCUUCUGUCUACUAGUUUACAAGGCAAUACAAGGAAAGGUCAGCCGCCGACUAACAUCAUGAAAACCGUGCUGGUAUCAGCGAGAGUGUGUGUGAGAGAGAGCAGGAAAUAGGGAUUUAGAGGAUUUGUUAAACUAAUAUUCUUACCACAACAACCACCCGGACAGAGCAAGAAAGUGGCGUUUAUAUCUUUCCAAGCGUUAAACUUCCCGUAGCUCUCAGCUCUCGUGGCGAACAGAGUCGGCUCUGGUGGCAAAUGGUUUGGAAGGGAUGUGGAAGUGCAAGAAUUAUUACAAGCAUAUUAUUAUUACAUUUAGAAGGAGGAAGAAAAGCGAGAUAUGAGAAUGGACUGCUGCUGCUGUGCAAAAAAAAAAACGAUAGGCGAUGCGAUGAAGCGUGAUGUGAUUAAAACAACAACAACAACAAAACCCGGAUGAUAAUGAAACAGAGAUGGUAAAACAACCAAA